GUCGCAGUUUAUCUCGGCUAUAGCUCCCCAGCGGGACCCUAAAUCGCCUUGUUUAGACUCAGUCGGGUUUCUCUGUCUAUGGGAAUUUGGUUAGUCAAAACACUUAACAGGUUAGGAGGGGGAUCAACAACCGAUACUUUCUUUGUGGAUCACAAACAAACUCACAUCUGAAGAUACGAGGCUUUCUCAUCAACUGCCGGCCCUGUGAUACAAGUGUUGUUGUUUUCCAGUGUUGGAUUCAUCCUCUCAGUCGACAGGUGUCAAAGGGAGAGGAAACAAAGAUGCCAAAACCGAUCAACGUCCGUGUUAUUACCAUGGAUGCAGAGCUGGAGUUUGCUAUCCAGCCUAAUACGACAGGAAAACAGCUUUUUGACCAGGUGGUGAGGACCGUGGGUCUGCGAGAGGUCUGGUUCUUUGGCCUGCAGUAUGUGGACAGCAAAGGCUUUAUUACCUGGCUCAAACUCAAUAAGAAGGUGACCCAGCAAGAUGUGAAGAAAGAGAACCCACUGCAGUUUAAGUUCAGAGCCAAAUUCUUCCCUGAAGACGUCUCAGAGGAGCUGAUUCAGGAGAUCACACAUAGACUAUUCUUUCUCCAGGUGAAGGAGGCCAUCCUGAAUGAUGAGAACUACUGUCCCCCAGAGACAGCUGUGUUACUGGCGUCAUACACUGUCCAGGCCAAAUAUGGAGACUACAAUAAAGAUGUCCACAAGCCUGGCUAUCUUACCCAUGACAGACUGCUCCCUCAUAGAGUCCUGGAGCAACACAAGCUGACCAAGGAGCAGUGGGAGGACAGGAUACAGACAUGGCAUGAAGAACACAUAGGAAUGCUCAGAGAGGACUCGAUGAUGGAGUAUCUUAAAAUUGCCCAGGACUUGGAGAUGUAUGGUGUCAACUACUUUAAGAUCAAAAACAAGAAAGGUACACAGCUUUGGCUGGGUGUGGAUGCCCUAGGCCUCAACAUCUACGAACAUGAAGACAAAUUGACACCGAAGAUUGGCUUCCCCUGGAGUGAGAUUCGAAACAUCUCUUUCAAUGACAAGAAGUUUGCCAUCAAACCUAUUGACAAAAAAGCACCUGACUUUGUGUUUUAUGCCCCACGACUACUUAUUAACAAGCAUAUCUUGGCCUUGUGUAUGGGUAACCACGAGUUGUACAUGAGGAGGAGAAAGCCCGACACCAUUGAGGUGCAACAGAUGAAAGCUCAAGCCCGGGAGGAGAAGCUCCACAAACAAAUGGAGAGGGCCCAGCUGGAGAAUGAGAAGAAAAAACGAGAGCAUGCAGAGAAAGAAAAGGAAAGGAUAGAGCAUGAGAAAGAGGAGCUCAUGGAGAGAUUAAGACAGAUUGAAGAGCAGACAAUGAGAGCUCAGAAAGAGCUGGAGGAACAGACUCGCAGAACACUGGAGCUGGAGCAGGAGAGACGGAGAUCGAGGGAGGAGGCAGAGAGGCUGGAAAGAGAGAGGAAAAUGGCUGAGGAGGUGAAGGCAGAGCUGGCAAAACAGGCUGCAGAUCAGCAGAAGAACCAGGAGCAACUGGCUGCUGAACUGGCUGAAUUCACAGCCAAGAUCGCUCUGCUGGAAGAUGCCAAGAGGAAGAAGCAAGAUGAGACCACAGAAUGGCAGCAAAAGGCUCUUUUAGCCCAGGAGGGUUUGGUGAAGACCAAGGAGGAGUUAAAAGCUGCAGUCACAGUGGUGGCUCCGCCUCCAGGUGGCCACGUAGAGAGUGAGCAUGAUGAGCAGGAUGAGAUUCAUGCCGAGGCCAGUGCUGAGCUGUGCAAUGAAGGUGUCAGCCAGCUCCACCUCCGCAGUGAAGAGGCACGCAUCACUGAAGCCCAGAAGAACAAGAGGGUCAAACAACAGCUGCAGACAUUAAGUUCAGAGUUGGCCCAGGCCAGAGAUGAAACCAAGAAGUCACAAAAUGAUAUGCUCCAUGCCGAAAAUGUGAAAGCAGGCCGAGACAAAUACAAAACGCUGCGCCAGAUCCGUCAGGGCAACACAAAGCAACGCAUCGAUGAAUUUGAGUCCAUGUGAGAAUAUGGUCCUCUCUGCCCCUCAGCAGCUACUUGGUUUUCAUGGACGGAAGCUGCCAUUCUUGUUAUUCCGAAAGAAAUGAUCUUGUUCUUGUUCUCCACUCUGAAGUCUGAGUAUACAGAGCUGCUUCAAACUGCAGAUUUCAUCUGUCAUCAGUAAACACAGGGAGAAGACAAACUGUCGGUUAGGGCUGCAACUAACGAUUAUUUCUAUGCUACUUGGUAAUCUACUUAGCAUUUGCAAGACCUAAAGUUAAGUUGAACAGUUGUUUUAAACAUCACGUAAAUAGUUUUAUACUGUAUAAAUAAAGACAUUGCAGUAUUUUAACAGUUCAAUUUCAGGUUGAAUAUUAAGAACAUUCAUCCAUCUUCUACCGCUUUGGCACAGCUCCCCCCCACAUGACCCUCAUGUGGGGGGGAGCUGUGCCAAUCUCAGCUGACAUAGGGCAGUAGGCGGGGUACACCCUAAUAUCAAGAACAAUGUUUUCUAAUUUUGAUAAAAAAUACUUUUUCUUUAAGAAAUGCAAACAGGGAAAUGAGCCAUCUGACUUGUCAUAUGGCAGGUUUUGAUCAAACGAAUGUAGCAAAGGUAUUAAAGGGAAGUGUUUUUUACUUUCUCGAGGUUGAAGAACAGCAUUUGCCACUGUGCUGUCACACCCGACCUUAAAUGUGUUACAAAGAUAAGCUAAGGUUGCACGUUACGUGAGUUUUAUGUUUGCAUUAGCAUCAGUGUUUCAUUCCCAGUCACCAUAGCCUACCAGCUCACAGCAGAACCCAAGGUAUUAAAAGGAAGAGAAGGA